AUGAAGAAUUCACUGGUAUCGGAAAUUAGGCAUUCCGUAGAUGAGUACGGACUGAAGGGGAGAAAAGUUGAUAGCGUUUAUUUUGGGGGAGGUACACCGAGUUUGGCUCUGCCUUCUACGUUCGAUGCAAUCCUCCGAACCAUUUCUCAAUAUUGCUACUUGCCCAUAGAUGCAGAGAUCACAAUGGAGUCCACAGAAUCCAAGAAGCUCGUCGAAUUUCGUUCGAUAGGUAUUAAUCGGCUUUCACUCGGUUUACAAUCGCUAUACCCCAAGGAUUUAAAGCUAUUGGGUCGAGAUCAUUCCGUCGAGGAAGGUGUUAAAUCAUUGGAAAUGGCAAAACUGAUGGCCUUAAAACUGGCUUCAAAUCAUGUAUCCUUAUACGAGCUCACCAUAAAAUCGGGGACCCCAAUAUAUAGAGAUUAUAAAUUGGGUAGGUAUACGACACCAACCACCGACACCAUGGCCGGCAUGUACGAAGCCACUGUACAGGUUGCGAAAGACUUUGGAUUUAACCAAUACGAAGUAUCAAGCUUUGAAAGAAAAGAAAAAUUUAGCAAACAUAACUUUGGGUAUUGGCGCGGGUCCGAUUAUCUUGGCAUCGGUCCAGGAGCUCAUGGAAGAAUUUAUAAUCCAUCAACCGCAACCAGAACAAGAACCUACAAUGUUUGUAAAGAUAGAGACCAUCAAAUAUUAUAUCCUGAAGAGUGGAUGGCGCAAUGCGAAGAGCUUGGUCAUGG